AUGGAGGCCCGGCUGCUCCUCGGGGCGCUGCUGUGCGCCUGCCUGCGGCCGGCGCCGGGCCCGUGGGGCGCCAGGGCGCAGCUCCCCGCCGACGGCGACCGCCCGCCGCCCGGACCGCGGAGAGGGGCGACGCAGGUAGGCGGCGCGGGAGGGAAGGGCCUGCGGUCGGGAGGUGUCCCCGAGUUCAGAAUGGCAGUUUAUAAUGCUUCAUCUGCUACAAUAUCUUCAUCUCAGAACAGAAGACUUCACAGUAUGAAAUGUGGACCAUCCAAUUCAUUUACAUGUUUUAAUGGAGGUGAAUGUGUCCACAGAGAGCUCUGCAACUGCAGUCGAUUUAAUGCAACUGGACCAAGAUGCCAGACAGUGUAUAAUACAGGUGCUGAAAGGGAUCAUAUAUGCAGAACAUGGGGCCAAUACCACUUUGAAACUUUUGAUGGACUUUAUUAUUAUUUUCCUGGGAAAUCCACAUAUACCCUUGUGAGACAUACUGAAUUAGAUGAGCAGAGUUUUUCCAUACAGGUCAAUAAUGAUCCUGAAUGCCAUUCGUCUCCUUAUUCAUGUGAACGGUCCAUUAGUUUAUUCUUUUCUGGAGAUGAAGAGAUAAAGAUGAGCAGUGAAGUCACCUAUAAAGGACUUGGAAUACAGUUACCCUAUGUCACUGCAAACUUACACAUCCAAAAGCUAGCUGGGUACUUCCUAGUUAGACACCAGUAUGCUUUCACUCUGGCUUGGGAUGGUAAUUCUGCUGCAUAUAUCAAAAUGAUACCAGAAUAUCUGGGCAAAACACAUGGACUGUGUGGAAACAAUAAUGCUAUCAUGCAGGAUGAUCUGCAGACUAGUUACGGAAAACUGACAGAUGAUGUAGCAGAAUUCGUAGAAAGUUGGCAGGAAAAUCCUCCACAAGGAGCAUUCAAUUGGGAUGAUUCUUUUGUCAAUGAACCGCCUUGCCUGACACAAAACCAUGAAUCUUUACAGAGGACAUACACUCUCUGUAAUAUUCUGUUACAUCUCCCGUUUGAACAGUGUCAUGAGUAUGUGAGCCCUCUUCCUUUUGUGGCAAGCUGCACCAGUGAUAUUUGCAUGUCAGCAAUUGAUAAUGCAACCUGGUGUCGAGCGUUAACUGAAUAUGCCAGGGCCUGUGCCCAAGCAGGAAAACCACUUCAUGGAUGGCGAACGCACUUUCAGCAGUGUGUCAUUACCUGUGCUGAACACUUGACCUUCAGCGAAUGCAUUGAUUGUUGCCCUGUUUCAUGCCAUCAGCAAUCACAGUGUGUUGGCAGUGAGAUUCCCUGCAUUGAUGGAUGUUACUGUCCAGAUGGCCUAAUUUAUGAAAAUCAAGUAUGUAUCAAGCCUAUGGACUGCCCUUGUGACUACCAUGGGAGUUUUUUUGAAAUGGGUUCUGUGGUUUAUGAGGAAUGUAACAACUGCACUUGCAUUGGAGGAAAGUGGAUUUGUACAAAUCUUACAUGUCCAGCUGAAUGCUCGGUUUCAGGAGACAUUCAUUUCACGACCUUUGAUGGGCGUAAAUACACUUUCCAAGCUACCUGCCAAUAUAUUCUAGCGAAAAGCCUUACAUCUGGAGAGUUUACUGUAUCCUUGCAAAAUGCUCCAUGUGGACAGAACCAAGAUGGAUCAUGUAUCCAGUCAGUCAGUCUUAUUCUUAAGCAGGACCCCAAGAGGCAAGUGACUCUGACUCAUUCAGGAGAUGUUUUGGUGUAUGAUCAGUACAAAAUUAACCUGCCUUAUACAGAUGAUUUAUUUGAAAUACGGAAACUCUCCUCUGUAUUUCUUCAAGUAAAGACGCACAUUGGAUUACGGAUACUGUAUGAUAGAGAAGGACUGAGGCUUUAUCUUCAAGUUGAUGGCCGGUGGAAGGAUGAUACUGUGGGCCUAUGUGGAACCUUCAAUGGAAAUACUGAGGAUGAUUUUUUAUCUCCAGUUGGAGUACCAGAAAGCACUCCACAGCUGUUUGGAAAUGCCUGGAAAACUUUACCAGCGUGCAUUCUUGUGCAUGACAGUUCACAAAUGGACCCGUGUGAUAUUCAUCUACAGGCAGCAUCUUAUGCAGCGGAAGCUUGUAGCAUCCUUACGAAAGAGCUCUUUGCUCCCUGCUACCCCUAUUUGAGUCCCAUUCCCUAUUUUGAGCAGUGCAGAAGAGACACUUGCAAAUGUGGACAAGUUUGUUUUUGCUCUGCUCUGGCCCAUUAUGCUCAUCACUGCCGAAGAUUUGGAGUUGUAAUAGAUUUCAGAGGAAGUGUCCCGGACUGUGCUCUUUCAUGUGAAGACACAAAGGAGUACAGUACUUGCGUAUCUACCUGUGGCAGAACCUGCCAAGCCUUGUCUGUGCCAGAGACGUGCAGCAGUGGUUGUGUUGAAGGCUGUGCUUGUCCCCCUGGAAUGUAUUUGAAUUCCAAGACUGAACGAUGUAUACGGAGGAGUGAAUGCCCUUGUUAUUUUCAAGGAAUUGACUAUCCUCCUGGAGAAAAUGUUAUCACUUCAUUGGGCAAGUGCCAUUGCAAGGAUGGAGUAAUGAAUUGUGAUAACAACGUAAUUGAACACAACUGCCCGGUUGGCCAGAUUUAUAUCAACUGCAGUAAUCCACAAAGUGAUCCUGAGCUCAGCAGAGAGAGAACUUGUGAGAAUCAACUGUUAAACCUCACUUUCUCAGCACAUCUUCCUUGUGUUUCAGGCUGUGUCUGCCCACAGGGCCUUGUUAAACAUGGAGAUGCAUGCUUGGAAACUGAUGAAUGUCCAUGUUCAUGGAAAGGAAAAGAAUACUUUCCAGGUGACAAAGUCAUUUCUUCCUGUCAUACAUGCGUUUGCCAGCAUGGAUCAUUUCAAUGCACCUUCCAUCCUUGCCCAUCAAUGUGUACUGCCUACGGGGAUCGACAUUACAGAACAUUUGAUGGAUUUACAUUUGACUUUGUUGGAACUUGUAAGGUUUAUCUAGUUAAGGGUACUUCUUCAACCAGUUUCUCAGUUAUUACAGAAAAUAUUAACUGCUUUAAUACUGGAAUCAUUUGCAGAAAAUACAUUUCCAUUAAUGUUGGAAAAUCUUUUUUAAUAUUUGAUGAUGAAACUGGGAAUCCAAGCUCAUCCAGUUACAUAGACGAACUACAGAAAAUACAGGUAUGGAAAGCUGGGUUUUUUACUGUUGUUCAUUUUCCUGAUGAGUACAUCACUGUCCUAUGGGAUCAGAGAACAACAGUUCAUGUACAGAUGGGUCAUCAGUGGCAGGGUAAAUUGACUGGAUUAUGUGGGAAUUUUGAUUUGAAAACAAUAAAUGAGUUGAGGACUCCAGAUAAUUUUGAAUUAACAAAUUCACAAGAGUUUGGAAAUAGCUGGGCAGCUAUGGAGUGUGUUGACGGCUCUGACAUUCGAAAUCCAUGCAGUUUGAAUCCACUUAGAGAGCCAUUUGCCAAGAAAGAAUGUGGAAUUCUGUUAAGUGAAGCGUUUGAAGCUUGCCAUCCUGUGAUUGACGUCACCUGGUUUUACUCAAACUGCUUGGCAGAUACAUGUGGUUGUAACCAAGGAGGUGAUUGUGAGUGUUUCUGUACAAGCGUAUCAGUGUACGCGCAUCAGUGCUGCCAGCAUGGAGUGACUGUAGACUGGAGGUCCCCUAGAGUCUGUCCUUAUGACUGUGAAUAUUUCAACAAAGCUCUGGGAAAGGGCCCAUACAAACUGGUCAGCUAUUUGGAUGGAGAAUUUGCAAUGGCAGUGAAACUGGUGAAUGGUUUUGUUUUCCCAGUGAAAGCAGAAGAUACUGUUCCUGGACAUGCCAUGAGCUUUAUGCUGACUUCAGGACUUUAUAAACCCAGAGCACAUGAUUCCAGCUUGGUUUCAUUUGAAACAGCAGAGAGACCAAAUUAUUUUCUACAGUUGGCCUCCAAUAAUUCUCUUGUUCUUUCUAAAUGGGAAAAAAGUGAGGAGUUUCACAACAAAUCUACAUUUGUCAUUCACAAGAAUACGUGGCUUUCAGGAUACAGUUCCUUUGAGUCAUUUGCAAAACCAGGAUACUUCAUCCACAUCUCAGCCUUUUCAGUUGAACUUUUGAAGUACCAUCAUACAGAGGAGUUCAGACUGUCAACUCUUUUUAAACUUGUAGAUGUCAAAUUUAAACUUCUAUCCCGUUCUGCAUGUGAGUGGCGUUAUGAUGCCUGUACAAGCCCUUGUUUCAAAACAUGCAGAGACCCUUUGGGAAAGAACUGUCAGGCAGUGCCAAAAGUGGAAGGAUGCAUCCCUGCCUGUCCUCUCAGUAUGGUGCUGGAUGAAAUCACUCAAAGAUGUGUUCAUUUUGAAGACUGCGUUGAACCUGCAGAUGAUAGGCAAGCUUUGCUGUCCAGCAUUAGAACUCCAUCAGUUUCACACAUAACAUCAACUACUGUUGGAAUACCCAGUUUGGCAGUGUUCAGUAAAGCAGUAACUUUAUUUCCUAUACCUGAAGGAAAGGACAUGGAAACAACACUCUCUUCAAAAUGGCAACUCAGUGCAACUACAGGGAAAACUGAAUUUGCAGCUGUUACAUCUAAAACAACAGUUUCAACCAUAACUUUAUCAUCAAAUAUUUCUUCGCAUUCAAUAGAGAUGACAUCUUCUGGGAAAAGGACUAUGUCUGAGACAACAAAAUCUAAUGUAAGCUUGUCUUUUCCUAGUGACAUUUCUCCAUUGUUUCCAUCUACAGUCACUUCAGAAACUUCCACAAGGAUACAAGCAAUCAGUAGAGCUUCUGCUAAGCCACUGAGAGCUACAAAACUUCAGACAGUAGCUGCUACAUAUGCAGUGACUAGAAGCACAGAAUCAGAAAGCAAACCAAUUUCUACUUCAGUUUUUACCAGGACACCAUCAAUACUCAAAACAACAGAAUUGCCAGUGAAAACUAAAAUAAUGGAAACAUCAGAAAUUGCUGCAAGGACACUUCCCACAAAAGAAGUAGAAGUAAAACCAGAAGGACUUACAAAAUUUACUCCUAGUUCUUUUGAAACAGUAACAGAAAAAAAUACUACAUAUUUGACCCAGUACUCCACAUUGUCUCUGGGUUUGUCUUCAUAUGCAUCACCAGUAAAUCUAACAGAAACUUCAGAAAGAAUGAAAGUAAGUGUAGAACAGUCUUUUACCACAUUAGCUAAUGUUACAGUAACUUCAGUAACUUCAUUUUUUCCUGUGAUCACUACUUUGUCAUCGCUAAAGCCGAGCAUAAAGCAGAUACCUUCAGAAACAACAAAAGCAACAAGUACUGUAACCAAACACAGAGCGAAGACUACAUUUUCCCCAGCGUCCACACUGCCUAUUUCAUUAGGAAAGGUAAUUACAAAGCCUCCUAUUGAAAUGAUUCAACACUUGACUAGUACUGCAGGGGUAGCUUUCACUGCUUCUCUGGGUCCAAAGACGACAACUCUGCAAACUGGAGAGAGAUCAUCAGAAACCACCGUGUUACCAUUUACAACUCUUAAAAAGGAAAUUUCUGAAAAAACAUCUCUUAUGGAGCAUUCGUCAAGUUCUUAUUUCACUCCAUGUUCGUUACAACCUAGCUCAGUUACAGCUGAAAAAUCGCUCACUCUUGCUACUAAAAGACCUGCAGCAUCUGUUUCUACUCCUGCUUCCCCAGCUUCAGGUGAAUUAAAAAAAACGUUUAAAACAGUAUCAACUACAGGAUAUUCCCCACACACAGUUCUACGCACCACAGAGUUCCUUACUACAUUACACACUAAAUAUCCUGUUUUGGCUGAGACCACAAGGACAACAGAAGAGAUAACAUCCAAAAUAACGUCCCCUUUUGAAUCAUCAGCAAAGUCAACUUUACUUUCUAGAAGAACAUCUGCAGAAUACAAGUCAUCUCUACUUUCAAGUACAAUGAAGACAAGCACAUCAGCAUAUUCAGAUAGUGUUACCACAUCAGCAACAAAAUCUGUCUCAUCAAAAGAUAUGACUAGAGUUCCUUUGGUAGCUACAGAAAAAGACUCAGUUCAAAGAAUAUCUUUCACUGAAUCUUUAUUUACUCUUAGUGCAACUGAAGCCACACAGUUGACAACACAGCAUGAUAAAUCACAAGUGGAAAGAAUUACUAGCAUCUCUACCAGAAAGCCACCUGCUUUCCCUUCUUUGUCAUCACACUCUCUAACCUCUUUAAAUGUUUCCCUUCCUUCACUACGCACAUACAGGACAGAAGCAUCACUGACAGCUCCCAGUCCCAUGCAUACAUCACAUGAAAUUGUUAUCUCUUCAUAUCCAAGAGCAACUUUAGCAAAAUCUAUUUUUUCAACAGAAAAGACCUCCCCUGUCCCAGCUUUCCCUGCUGUAUCCACUACAGCACAACAGUCAAGUCCAGUAGCAACAGUAUCACAUGACAAAUUGCCAACAAAAGUAAUUUUAAAUGUCACUUAUGCCACAUUCUCUACAUCCUCUGAAUUCAGCAGUCAGCUUGUAACAACCAAAACAGCAGUGGCAGCCAAGGAAAGAUCUACUCUAUCCACUCCUGUCGUACUUCCGUUGACAAAGUCUUCUCACGCUUUCUCCACCUCUCAGUAUUUAUCAGAUAAAUCUAUUUCUUCAUCUUCUUUAACACAAAUGAUACCUGCAGUAACAACCACAGCAAAAUAUCCAGUAGAAACUGAAAUAAUUUCUACAGCAGCAAAGUCUACAGUCCAAAAUAUAACAGACGCAGUAAAACUCUCAGCAGCUACUGCUGAGCCAUCCUUUACUGCUUCAGUAGGCUCCUUUUCUGGGCAGACAUCUUCAGUAGAGAGUGUUUCUGAACAGACCAUAAAGGCAGUGGCUAUCCCACGUUCUUCUACUCAGAUAGCAAUGGAACCCGCUUGUCAGACUUCGAAGCCUUCCUUGACGAGCCAAAGCACUACCCCGAUUUACCAGUAUCCUGUGGAAAUGCUAACAAAAUCCACUGGUUGGCCACAGUUUUUCUUAAGCACAACAGAAGCUACAGUAGCAUUGACUUCUUCAUACCCCUUAACUACCUCGCUAUCUGAAGACAUUCAUUCAAGUGUAUUACCUACCUCACUAGUUCCUACACAAGUUAUUUUGCCAACUGAAAAGGAGUUAUAUUUAACUGAUUCAGUCACACAACCAUACAUGUCAAGAACCUCUUCAGCUUUGCGGUCUACAGUCCUGACUAGAAAAACAGCUGACUUGGGUUUUGGCACCAGAAUUCUCCCUUCCUCACCAGAAGUGCUUGCAGCUUCAUCUUUAGCACCAAAGAAGGAAGAGUUUCUUUCAUUUUCCACGCAAAAGGCAGAUAUCAGUCUGAAAUUCACGUGGCAGCCCUCAGUUAGUGCACUACUUGUUUCAAGUCAAACGCUUGAAACAACUACAGCUUCACCAGAGCCUGAGUCAACUUUUCCAUCUGUUUUGUUAACAGAAACAACAGAAAGGCCCACCGUGAUGGAAAGUGAGUCAUCAGUAGGUGCCUUUUUAACACCUGUGAUCUCAACAGCACCCACCUUAGUGGGCAAAAGUGCUACAGAGAAAACUACAGUGUUGUCUAAGCAAGUCCCACUUUCAACCACUGCCUACAGUUCUACAUUUCCAGCAAGUACAACGCUGCUAGCUACAGCCCAUUCAUCAGCUGCAACUUCUGCCCCUUCAGUGGGAGGCAGUACAGGGCAAAACCUUACUAUUGUAUCAGCAACUUCAGAGAAGGCAGAAGCAGUGAGAGAAUCUAUCACAACCUCUGUGAAGCCCACCUCUUUUUCUGUUACUUCAGAAACAAAAGGCUCUAUGCCCCCUAAAACAGUAAAAUCUAAAGAGCCAGAAUUACCGACAGAAGUCCAAGCCAUCCACACUCAAGGUAUUACCAUUACCCCAGAAACCCCUCAUACAUUUCAUUCUCCAUAUUUCACAAACACAACUGAAGUUCCUUCUAAAGUAAAUGUAUCAGUACUGUCUACUAUGCAUUCCUCCUCUGAACCCAAAACUUUUUCUUCUACAGCUUCAUCAUCAGGCAAUGCUACUCAAGCUUUGAAACUUGAAAUAUCAUCUGAGGCACAAAUGCCUUCUCUGAGUUCGCUAUUAAUGAUAUCUGAGCAUCCAAAUGACACCACAGCUCCAUCAGUUUCCUCAUUUCCCUUUUUAUCCACCAAACCACUUUAUCCAUUGACUACAAUGUUUUCUGAUGGAUUCGCAACAGCUGAAGCUAUCUCAGGAGUCACAGCAUCAGCUUUUAUGACAGCUAGAGAAACAGCAACUCUCCAAACUUGUACACCAAUCAUAGAGAAUGAGUGCAUAAAACACAUAUGCUUGGAUGGACACCUGAUUCAAGUUAAUAAGUCACAGAACUGCCCGUACAAUGUGACUCAGCCCAGCUGCGGAGUUUUAGGAUUUGCUGCUCAAACAAAUGGUGACAAGUGCUGCCCAAAAUGGGAAUGUGCAUGUCGUUGUACAAUUUUCUCUGAUAUGAGCUUUGUAACCUAUGACGGAAAUCAUUUGAGUUUAUUCAAAGAAGCAUCCUACAUUGUAAGUCAAACUCAAGAUGAAACUAUAACCAUCCAUGUCCUUGACUGCAGAAUGAGUAAUUCAGAUUCAGCUUCCUUGUGCUUGGCGAUGUUGAAUUUAACCUAUAUAUCAAACCAGAUUACUAUUGAUCGUUUAAGUAGAAAAAUCACAGUAAAUUCAAGAUUUGCGUGGCCUACUGUUAGAAAAUACGGAUAUAAAAUUGAGGAUUCAGGCUUCAAGUAUGCGAUUGAGACUCCAACAAAUAUCAGAAUUCAGUGGUUUCACAACACAGGUGUAAUGAUUAUAGAGUUUAAUAGUACCAGAGAACCAAAAGCUUUGGGACUAUGUGGUUUUUGUGAUGGAAGCUUGGAAAAUGACCUGAUGCUACCGAACAGGACAGUUUUAAGCAAAAGUGAUGCUCCAUCGACUUUUAUAGACAGCUGGCAAAUGCCAGACACAUUAAAGUAUGUUGGAGAAGACAGACAUCAGGAAACUAAUUGCUCAGUCAUGGACUGCUCAGAGUGCUUAAGCCUGGUAUUGAAUCAGACCUUCAGCAGCUGUCAUCCUUAUGUUCCACCAGAGCUAUUUUGUGAAAUAUGGGUUAAAGACAGAGAGUACAUUCAAAAUCCAUGCGUCGCUCUAGCUGCCUACGUGGCAAUGUGCAACAAGUUUAAUAUUUGUAUAGAAUGGAGAAGUUCCGAUUACUGCCCCUUCCUCUGUUCAGAAAACUUUUCCUAUCAGGCCUGCAUAGCUGCCUGUGCAGUUCCAGGGAGUUGUCAGGAUAGCAAAGUGGCUUCCCUGGACUCAGACUCUUGCUCAGUGUUGACGGAAGGAUGUGUCUGUGCUGGAGGGACUGUCCUUCACCGAGUUCACACUCCUCUCUGUAUUCCUGAAGAAAAAUGUGCUUGUACAGACAGCUCUGGAGCACCUCAUGCAGUUGGUGAGAUCUGGAAAACUUCUUCGAGUGGAUGCUGUAUGCAAAAAUGUGUUGACAGUGAGACCAUUAUGCCAGUGGAGUACAAUUGUUCAGAUAUCCAGUAUUUGGACUGUCAGCGAUUUGCAGAAGUGACCGUGCUUGUUCCUGGUGAUCAGACAUGCUGUCCUCAGAAGAUCUGCAUUUGUAAUCGGAGCCUCUGUGAACCCCUAAUCCCAGAGUGUAAGGGCUUGGAAAAGCUGGUUACGUACUACAGUGAAGAUUCCUGCUGUCCCAACUACGCCUGUGAGUGUGAUCCAUCAAAAUGUGAACCAAUGGAGCAGAUUCCAACUUGUCAAGAGGACCAAACACUAAUUGCUGCUCGGGUAGAGAGUACCUGCUGUAUAUCCUAUAUUUGUGCAUGUGGGGCUUGCUCUGAUCAAAUACCCAAGUGUCAAGAAGGAGAAGUGCUUAUUGUGGAUGGCAACACUACAGAGAGAUGUUGCCCUACAUACCAGUGUAUUUGCGAAAUACAUCGUUGUCCUGAAUUCAAAUGUAUGCUAGGCAUGUCUUUGGUGGAGGUAUGGAGCCCAGAGAAGUGCUGCCCAUUUCGGACAUGUGAAUGUGCAUGUGAAACAAUCCCCAAACCUCAGUGCAAACAGGGACAGAAACUUCAGAUAGAUGAGCAGUUUCAGAGCAGUGCAGAAAAUAUCUGUAACUGUGUUAAGUACAAAUGUGUGAGAGACAAAGUUUGCCUGAGUAAUGAGAGAGGUGUGCUGCUUCCUGGACAGAAAAUUGUGGAACACACUCCUGAUGGCAUUUGCCAUAUUUUGUACUGUACAAAUGUGAUUGAUCCCUCCACUAAAUAUUACCAGAUAAAUACCUCCUCAAUAGACUGUGCUGUCGAGUGCAAAGCUAACCAAGUCUAUGAGCCUCCAAAAGAUUUAACAACUUGUUGUGGUAGCUGUAAGAAUUUGUCUUGCCUUCACACUUUCAGCAACGGCACAGUUUCCAGUUUUAAGCCUGGUAGUAUUUGGAUUUCAGACUGCAUCAGAUAUGAAUGCACUAACACAGCAAUAGGACCAGUUGUAGUUGCGUCUUCAGUCGGCUGCCCACCCUUUAAUGAAACUGAAUGUGUGAAGGUUGGAGGCUAUGUUGUACCAUUUCUAGAAGGAUGCUGUAAAACAUGCAAGGAAGAUGGAAAAUUCUGUAAAAAGGUGGCUGUUAGGAUGACUAUCCGCAAAAAUGACUGCAGAAGUAACACUCCGGUGAACAUUGUUUCAUGUGAUGGAAAGUGUCCGUCUGCAAGCAUUUAUAACUACAACAUCAACACAUACGCAAGAUUCUGCAAAUGCUGCAGGGAGCUUGGGCUACAGAGACGAACUGUGCAAUUAUAUUGCACGAGCAAUUCAACCUGGGUCACCUAUUCAAUUCAAGAACCAACAGACUGUUCUUGCCAGUGGUCUUAAAAGGUGUAAAAGGAAAAAGCCCAGCAAGCCCAGUUAUUCCCAGCAUAAGAUAUUUUGAAUAG